AUGACAUGGCAAUUGGCUGGGCGACCAUGCUUAUUCACCGGGCGGAGGAAGGGGCCGACGACCACCCAGACCAGCUUCCCCCUCUUAACCCCCCCAGCGAGGAUCCAACCGCAUUGCGCUUUCCCUUCGUUCAGCCACUCCUACGGCUAUAUAUCAUGGCCCAAGCAUCAGUGCUCUCCGCAUUUACUUGGUUAUAAUGGCUUCGUUUAUGACUCUGGUCCAGAUACUAAGAAGCUAGCCUAUUAUUUAGCGCACACUUUCUGUGUCAUUCUUUACCAUAGCCGGCGCGGUCGAUGUGAUGCCCCCACCUUCGCAAUGAAUCCCAGCCCCGCGAUGAUGCCAACUACCCUGCCGACGAUGUCCUCUGAAUCGCCUAAGCGUAAGCGAGCAUCGUCCGAAGAAUCUGACUACUGCAGUCCUUCUGCUUCACCUACAUCAAGCGGCUCAAUCCCAAACCCUCAGGAAUCCAGGAUCCGGGACGCAGAGGACUGGGGUCGAUACAGCCCGCGAGCGCUAGUCGCUGGUCGCUUGGGGCGAUUGGCUAUCCGCGGGGAUCAACUUUCUACGUCACCAGUGCCGUAUGGAGUAGACCAGGGCAUAGUCGCACAUACUGCACAGUCGGGGAACUGGUCUACCUCAGACGAUGAUUUCCAUGAGCCUCACGCCUUAUCCGAAGCGAACUCUUCGAUGGAGAUCAGUCCCAGCCCAGAGGAACAGUCAGAGUUUGCGGAAGCUACCCAAUCUCCUGACAUUGCUAGAACCGGAUCACCAUCUCCCAGGAAGAGACGAUCGACACCCAGCCCUCGCAAGAAGAAGCUCCCUACGACUUCCUCCAAGAUGCGCAGCCGCAGUGCGUCACCCCCUCUUAUGACCGAUACAGCUGAGAGCCCACUUACAUGGCAUGACUCGGAAAUUACGGGUCACAACCCGACUGACCCUACUGAUGAUGGAUAUGGCUUGAAUGGAAUUGGCUUCAAACCGACGGCGGCAAUGGCCUGGGCUAGGUCAGAGAGGAGAAAGAAACAAGUCGCAGAUUGGAGGAGCCGUGAAGCCAGAGAGGCGCGCGAAAAGCGACGAGAACGCCGAGAUGGUGCCGACUUUGAGAGGAUACGGUCUAUCCAAUCUGGCGCCAUUCAGAAAAGGGUCAAGUUUGACGUCUAG